UUUUCUUCAAUUUGUCUUCCCGCUUUUAUAUUAUUUGCAAUUAUUGUCACUCUUUAGAAUCACCUUCCACCCUUAUACAUACAUAUACACACCUAUACCCAACCCCAUAAUACUAUAUUACACUACUACUACCAUAGACCAUCAACUCUUAGACAUUACUACUACUAGACCAACAAUGUCCCCCAGCAUAACCUCACCACGUCCCUCCACCCCCGAAACCCAACACCAACAGCUUAAACCACCACCAUCCACCAACAUCCUCCUCAACCACCACUCCCUCCUAACCACCUCCCCGGAAGCCUUCAAAUUCCACGCCGCCGCCUCCCUCCAACUCCGCCUCAACCCAACAAUCCCCAAUAAUCCAUCCAUAAUACCACCAUCAGACACCAACCUCAUUAUUUCCCCCUACAACACCCCCCAUCACCUCCUCGACCUCCAGACCCUCGACCCAGCCACCCAACUCCUCGCCAAAGCCCUGACCCUAUUCCACCCCAUCCGCCCCGACUACGCCACCGCGCCCUACACCGAGUCCUUCAACUGGGACAGUGUCUUUGCGUUCCUGCGAAAUCAGGCGAAAAGUGAAGGGUAUACUUGGGGUAGGAGGCACGAAAAUGUAUUCUAUGUGGUGGUGUUUCGGUCGACGUUGAAGGCCGAUGCAGAUGGGGAGAAGUUGCAUGUGUUGGAUGAGAUGUCGUUACGAGAAGCGGUGGCGGGGGGUGGGUUGCUGAAGUAUUGGUUUGGGAAUGUAGAUGGGGAGAGGAGGGGGUUGGCUACUUGUGAGUUCUUACCUUCGUUCUUUCUGGGUUCGAUGCUAUGUUUGUGGGGGAGGGUGGGUGUGCUAAUAAGGCAUGAAUGAUAGGUGUAUGGCGCAGUCGAGAAGAUGCCAGGAAAGGAGGGUCGGGACCGUGGCAUCGACGAGCGUAUGAACGAAUUGAGUUUACGACGUUGAAAUUGGUGGUGGGGGAGGAUGAGGAAGGGAAUUGGGGAUGGGAGUUUGGGGAGUGGGUGGAUGAAUAACUGAUUGAUUGAUUGAUUGAUUUAUCCGGA